AUGAAUCUGGUCAAGUUUACAACCACUGGGCUCUCUUCGCUGGAAAAAGGCCUCAUUUCCAAGGCCUUUGAGGGGACUCAGUUUGUGCUGAGCGACACCAUGGGCUCUGGGACUUCGUAUGUUCUGGCAUAUAGAAGCAAGUUUACAGAGAAGAGGAUACUCGCCGAAAAGUGGGCAGUCCCUGUCAUUAGCGUGCUGUGGGUGUACAAGUCCAUGAGCAUAAAAAACAUUAUGCAGUUUCGCCUAAGAAAGUACGAGGGGUGCACUUUUUGCACAUCUGGGAUCACCAACGACCUAUUUAUUAAUUACUACCGGCUGGGCGGAGCGUGCCACUCCUCUGUGCUGACCAGGCACUGCGACUUUCUUGUUGUAAACUCCGUGGAGCAAGUCAGCGACAAAAUUUUGUAUGCGAAAGAGUGCAAUAUUCCGGUGAUUUCGGCUGAAAACGUGUUUGACGACCGGGUUGAGUUUUUCCGGAGAAGCGUGCAGUACGAGAGCUUUGUAAACGAGCCGCUUACUGACGAAAUAUUCAAUGGAAAAACCUUCUACUUUGAAGGCGACACUGCAGCACAUAUGCUGGUCCGGCGGAUAGUGAUAGAGUAUGGAGGAAACCGGGUGGAAAGGCCUGGGCCAGACGUGAGCUACUCGAUACACUUUGGGGGCGCAAUGAAAAAGGGAACUCUAGUUUGGUACCAAUGGAUUCUGGACAGCGCCGACUUGGGGAUUCUUCUGUCGCCCGACGGGUACUUGGUGGACCGCACAGAGCUGCCUCCCCGCCCCUUGGAAAAAGCCGUGGUCUUUCCUAUGGUGUGCAAAGAGGAGGGCCUGCGGACCCGAAAUAAAGUGCAUGCGCUCGGAGGCGAGAUAGCUAUGCAAAUGAACAGCAAAAUAACACACUGCGUCGUGGAAAGAAAGAGCAAGCAAAUGCAGAACAGAGUGCGAAAUUAUUUGAAAGUGUACAAAAUAAACGUCUGCUUUCUAGAGUGGCUAAACCAGUCGAUAUACUACAUGAAGAGGCUUAAUGAGGAGAAAUUCGAAAUGCCCACAGGACUCAAGACGCUUCCGGAGGUUGUGAUUGAGAAAAAAGAGACGCGAAGAAAGGCCAGCAUAAAGUACAUGCCCAGCGACCAGACGGGGUGGAAAGUGCAGUUCACAGGGAUGGUUGACAAGCUGAAGGAAAAGGCAAUGCGUGUCUUGGGCAUGAAGGGAGUUGUCGUGAUUGACAGUCCAGAGUACGCAAGCGAGUGCACGCAUCUGAUUGUUGGAACAGUAACAGUCUCCCUCAAGCUUCUGUCCGCUGUGUCUUCUGGGUGCAUCCUUAUGGACUACCGCAUAGUCGACGACCUGCUGCAAAACAUAUACACAAAAGAGAGCGACUACGAGCUAGGCCUUCGAGACCUUAAGCUGGACGCCCCGAAAAACGAGAAGGUGAUUCGGCGGCUUAUAUCUGCAGCCUCCAUAUGGAGAGCAAAAAAGACAGAGUCCGGGAAAAGGGCGUUUUCUGGGUGGUCGGUGGUUAUUCUUGUGACAAAGGACAAGGAGAUAUUGGAAAAAUUAAUAGAGAAUGGAGGCGGGCGCAUAGUAAAGGAAAAUCUAGAGAUAAACACACACAUAAACACGCUAUACUUCGUGGAUGCUGCAACUAUAGUCCCUGCUGAGGCGUCAGCUUCAAAAAUAAUUUAUAUGAAGGACAUUAUAAUGCAUCUGGCAGGCAUAAAGCAUAUAGAGUAG